GCCAACAAUGGAAAUUGCCUGCCAUUGUGUCCCUCAUUGACAAUGACCAGGUUGGCGUCAUGACUCGCCACGUAAUGUUGUCGAACCUUUGCCAUGGACAUGGUGCAUAUACAUAUAGACAUGCACAUACACAUGUGUGUAACGUCUAUAUAGCAGCGACGACGUGUCUGUGUUUGACAGGAUCAAGUUUCUCUUUAUAGAUCAAGAUGGUUGAUGAUAUAGGUACUAAUGCAGAUAGAGACUAUGAUCAUAAGUAUAAUUAUGCAGGUGGAAGCAGUGUUUCGGCUGAGGAUGGGAUCAUCAAGGAACAAGAUCGAUUGCUGCCGAUCGCCAAUGUUGGACGGAUCAUGAAGCAGAUCCUGCCACCUAAUGCAAAAAUCUCCAAGGAAGCAAAAGAAACCAUGCAAGAAUGUGUCUCGGAGUUCAUUAGCUUUGUGACUGGAGAAGCAUCUGACAAGUGUCACAAGGAGAAGCGCAAGACUGUCAAUGGGGACGACAUUUGUUGGGCUUUGGGAACUUUAGGGUUCGAUGACUAUGCUGAACCGCUUAAAAGGUAUUUGCAUAGAUAUAGGGAGUUAGAAGGUGAGAAAGCUAACCAGAGUAAGGCUAGUGAAGAAAAUGAUGAACCUUCAAAUUAUAGAGAUGAACCACCAAGGAAGCAUACAGUUUCACCUGCUCCACUGAAGUUCAAUGUGCUUGAGAGGAGUAAUAGCUCUCUUUCCAAGCGACUUUAGGGGCUUUGAUGAAAUCAUCAUCAAGAUUAUAAUUUCUACUUGUAAAUUAUGAUCUUGAUGAUGAUGAUGUGAUGAUAUAUGUUGUUGUUGAUGAAAAUGGCCAUUCCCUUUUGGGGGUGGGAGGAGUAUUUGUCUGUUUUCCUUUGUACGGGUUUAGAAAUCUUGGGCUUGUUUUUGCUCGACUGUUUUUAGCUUAAGGAUCAUGUGAAAAUUGUGUCAAGCGCUAAUCCUUGUAUCUUCUGCUUCAAAUUAUGAGGUCUGUUCACUGCUGGAGGUGGUUUUACAGAAUAAUAUGAUGAUAUUUGUAUCUUGGUUUGUGAUUCGGAA